AUGGGUGACAAUACAUCUUUGACAAAUCAAAUCAAGAAUGAUAUUUUGGAAUUAGUGCGAGCCGAUUGGCGAAAUGAGUUGAUGAACGCGCGUCAGGUCAAGAAGGAAGAUCCAAUUCUCCUUAACCAAAAAGGAUUACAAAUCCAAUGCGAUCUAAAUAUCGCGGUGAUCAACGCGCUUCACAAGGUCGACGAGAGAAACGGUGAGCACAAAUUUGUGCAAGAAGCGAUCGACAUGCUCAGGAGAAGAAAUACCGAAUUGAUGGUGGCUGAUUCAAAUCCGCAAGGAUUUAAGAUUGUCGAAAAAAUGAAUGCAUUCAACGCGCUCACAAAAGGAUCUACAGAUCCUCAGCAGAUGAUGUUAUUCUCGCAACUCAUGCAAGAUCAACCAUCAACUUCUCGCCAACCAAAACCGAUCAGAUUCGCGCCCUUUCAGCAGAGAGGAUUCGAUACACGUCAAUCGAAUCCUCAAAAAGAAAUCGACGAACUCAAACUCGAAAUCGGGAACCUCAAACGAGCUCAAAACCUUGGAGGCCAGGUUAGAAAGGAACCUAUCCGCUGUUUUAAAUGCCAACAAAUCGGUCAUAUCUCCACAAGAUGCCCGAAUUAAAGAUCAAGGUGAAAUUUAUUUUUGUGAACGAUUAAAAGCAGCCAAAAGUUUUUGGGCCGAUUUAACAGAUAGCCAGUGGGUUUUGAAAUUAGUAACAGACGGUUUAGUUAUAGAACUUUCGGAAAAUGUAGUCUUCCCAGGCCCAAAAGGUCUCAGAAGUUCACUGUUGCAGCAUAAACAAUUCAUUUUUUCAGAAAUUUGUCAACUUUUGAAGAAGAAAGUGGUCGUCGAGACAGUGAACGAGCCGAAAGUAGUUUCGCCUCUGCAUGUGGUCGAACAAGGUGAGAAAAGAAGAUUGAUCCUGGAUCUUAGUGAAUUGAACGAAUUCGUAGAAACUGAAACCUUCAAGUUUGAAAACUGGAAAUCAGUUUUGCCUUUUCUAGAGGACGCAAAAUACGCUAUGAGCUUUGAUUUCAAGUCAGGUUAUUUUCACGUUCCAAUUCAUAGGAACUCGCAAGAAUUACUAGGUUUUUCUCUUAACGACCCACCUUCACCUCCUUACUACGUUUAUCAAUGUCUUCCUUUCGGUUUAAAAUCUGCACCCUUCGUGUUCACCAAACUUUUUAGACCGCUAAUUCAAAAAUGGAGAAAGGAGGGUAUAAAAAUAUUUUUAUAUUUAGAUGACGGGUUGAUUUUAGCAAAAGACCUAGAUACAGCAAAAAGGCACGCAGAAAUAGUGAAAAGCGAUUUGCUAAGAGCAGGGAUAUGUUUCGCAGAAGAGAAAUGUUUUUGGGAACCAUCCAAAAACAUAACAUGGUUAGGUUACGUUUUAGACUUAGAAGAGAAGACGUUAAAGAUAACAGAGAAAAGGAAAAACUCUGCGCUGCGCAGUUUAAAACAGUUGAGGAAACAGUUUCCUACGAUCCAGGAUCGUCAGAAGUUCGCGGGAACUUUAUCUUCUAUGAAUAUCGUUUUAGGCCACCGUGGUCAGCUCAUGUCAAGAAGAAUAAGUCAAGCAGUCGCAGACUCGCAAAGGAAGGGAGAGCCGAACACGGUCCAUGUGAGAUUGAAUGAAGGUGAGGAGAGAGAAUUACUUUAUUGGUCAGAAAACCUAGUCGACUCCGCAGUACUUUACUGGGAUGAACAGGAACAACAACCUGAUUAUCUUUUGUACACUGACGCUUCAGAUACAGGAGUGGGAGCAGUGCUCAAAAAUUUCGAGAACCAAAAAUUGUCUACCGCUUUCAAAACUUUCGGAACGAAUUUCAAAUUUUUAUCGAGCACUCUCCGAGAACUUGAAGGAGUUCUUUUCGCAUUAGUGACUUUCAAACACAAAAUAAAACAUUCGAGAGUUAGAAUUUUAACGGAUAACCAAUCAGCGGUCAUAAUCAUUAGGAAAGGAUCAAUGAACGGAGAGUUGCAGGAAUUAGCGGAAAAAAUCCAACGCACUGUAGUUUCAGAAAACUUAACUUUAUCCACAAGAUGGAUUCCCAGAAAAUUAAAUGAGGAGGCAGAUUUUGAGAGUAGGAAAAUAGAUUAUGAUGAUUGGGAAAUUCAGUUUGAAUUUUUUAGGUGGUGUGAAAGAAGGUGGGGAGAAGCGGUUAUUGAUUGUUUCGCAAAUGACGAGAACACAAAGUGCCAAAGAUUCUUCUCGACUUCAGGUGGACGCGGAGCAGAGGGAGCAAAUUUCUUCGAAAACGCAAACAGAUGCGCAAUGGUCAAAAAUUGCUGGUUAGUUCCUCCCCCAAAUUUGGUUCCAAGAUUGUUAAACACCAUGAAAAAAUGGAAGCUUAGAGGCAUUCUGGUGACCCCUCUGUGGAAAUCUCACGUGUCUUACCAAGCUUUAGUUGAUGAAACCGGAAAUUUCAGGAACGAAAUCCAAGAUUUCGUCAUAAUCCCGGAAAACUCAAAAAUUUUUUAAACCAGGGCCGGGAUCAUCUAGAUCCGCGAAAUUCAACAAAGAAAAUUUUUCCUCAAAAAUCUUAGCUUGUUUCUUAAAAUUCUAGAUUCUCUCUUUAAGUGUUUCUCUUCAAGCAAAUAAAACAUUCCACUACGAAAAUUAGUUUUCUUUUAUUCAAAUUCCGUUGUUCCUCAAAUUGGAUCGUAAAUCUAAAUUAUCUUGACGAAGGAAAAGAUAAUUGUGUAGAUUUACGAGAGAAUUAAAGGAACAUAAUAUUCUAUAGUAUGGUCUCGACACGGACCACACACAGUGACACGUCAGCAAAUUUCUGGGCGGCCUGUUUUCGGGAAAAAUUUUUCAGUUUUUUUGUUUCUCAGGGCCCCUCCCAGCCCCACCCACAGAACGUCUCCAAAAAAGAAAUUCCAGAAGGUCCCAAACUCAAGAAGCUGGAGCAAAUUUUCGGUCUGGCAAAAUCGAACGGUCUUCUCGAUCUUCCGAAGGGCCUGUUUCAUUACAUGGAAAAUUCGAGGGCGACAGCGACUGUUUCGUCGUAUAAGAGGGCUUUGAACGCGAGACAAGAAUGGAUGAAUCGGAUCGGUUUACCAAUGUCACAUGAGUCGUUUUGUUUAUACGUGAUCAUGAGAGCGGAAAGAGUCGGAGCGUCAGCUCUGGCUGUCGAAUUAGCCGCGUAUAAACAAGCAAACCACUCGAUUGAUCCGUUGGUUGAAGAUAUCAUCAAAGAUGUUAUCCACGCGAAAAAGAGAUUCGAUGCCGGAAACAAGAAACCUCCGUCAAUUUUCACCGAAAAAGAGAUGUUGGAUAUUAUCGACGACAUAAAACCGGAGAACGAUAUCAAAAAAGAUCGCGAUAUUCUGAUUUGCUGGCUGAGCUGGGAGGCGUUGUUGAGGGCCUCGGAAGUAUCAAAUUUGACCUGGUCGGACAUCACUUUCAAAGAAGAUCAUGUUGCAGUCAAGAUUCAGAAGGCGAAGAACGAUCAAAUGGCGUUGGGUAGAACCACAUUUAUCGAUCAGGACAUCAAUUCAACUUUUCAAAAGUUCGUCAAGAGCUUUAAAGGAAAGUCAGCAGCUCAAUCCGAGGAUUUCAUUUUUCGGAAUUUGAAUACCAAUCAGCAACUUUCGGCUUCCGCAGUGUCAUCGGCAGCAAAGAAAUUAUUCGUUGCGAAGAAUCUGGACCCAAAGAUCACUCAUCAUUCGAUUAGAAGAGGAGCCGCGAAUUAUUUAUUGGACGAAGGGUUUUCAAAAGAAAACAUCAAAAAUCGAGGACGUUGGAGAUCGGACGGCGGAAUGGCGAGAUAUUUGGUCGAUAAUCUGGCUACACAAGGCAUUUUCAAGAAAUAA